UAUCUUGGUGAACCUAAAGUUUUAUAUCUAAAAAUCUUGGCAGAGCUCCAGGCCCCUCCAGAGCGGCAGUAGCUGGUGGAGAAAUGGAGGCGCAGUCCUAUUGCGCCAAGCUCUUGGGGGAGCUGAACGAGCAGCGGAAAAGGGACUUUUUCUGUGAUUGCAGCAUCAUCGUGGAAGGGCGCGUCUUCAAGGCCCACAGGAACAUCUUGUUUGCUAACAGUGGCUACUUCCGGGCCCUGCUCCUUCACUACAUUGAGGACAGUGGGCGGCACAGCACUGCCUCCUUGGACAUUGUCACCUCGGACGCCUUCUCCACCAUCUUAGAUUUUCUCUACUCCGGGAAGUUGGACUUGUGUGGCGAGAAUGUGAUUGAAGUUAUGUCCGCUGCCAGCUACCUGCAGAUGAAUGACGUGGUCAACUUCUGCAAGGCGUACAUCAGGUCUUCCCUUGACAUUUGCCGGAAGAUGGAGAAAGAAGCCGCCGUGGCUGCAGCUGUGGCAGCGGCUGCGGCAGCAGCUGCCGCCGCAGCUCAUCAGAUAGACAGUGGAAGUCCAAGUUCAGGACCGGAGGGGACGUCCUGUGGUACCAAGAGCUUUGUCUCCUCCCCAGUAGCGGGAGAAGGGAGCAUGGAGUGUACGAGAGCAUCCCCGUGUGAUGACUGCCAUCCCUUGGAACUGGUGGUCAAAGACAGCCAGAGCUCCGGCGCCUCUGACAGUGACCUUUCUAUUGUGCCCAGGCGGGUUGAACCCAAGGUGGAGUUUGAUGUGGCCAGGGUAGAGGUGGAGACCAGCGAGCAGCUGCAGCAGUAUGCCGCCCCACUGGCCCAUGCGGAGGACGGCCUGUCGGGUCACCAGGCCUUGGACUUGACUUACAGCAGCUACCACGUGAAGCAGUUCCUGGAAGCUCUCCUGCGCAGCGGUGCUGUCCAGAGCAAAGAUGACUCGGAUCAUCAGUUUUCUCAUAGUUGGGAGGGGAGACUGGAAGGUGCAGGAGCGGCCAUGAGUUCCGUGAUGGACGUCCAGAACGACUGGUAUAGAGAGGACUCAGGUGACAUGCUGGUGGUCCCCAUCAAGCUCCACAAGUGUCCUUUCUGCCCUUACACUGCCAAGCAGAAGGGCAUCCUCAAGCGGCAUAUCCGAUCGCACACUGGGGAGCGGCCUUACCCCUGCGAGACCUGUGGCAAGAGGUUCACACGGCAGGAGCACCUUCGGAGCCACGCCCUGAGCGUCCACAGAUCCAACCGUCCUAUCAUCUGCAAAGGCUGUCGAAGAACCUUUACCAGUCACCUGUCCCAGGGGCUGCGGCGCUUCGGGUUGUGUGACGGCUGCACGUGUGUCACAGACGCCCACGAUGAAGAUGACGAUUUGAUGCCCGUCAACCUUAGCCUCGGGGAGGCUUCUUCCGAAAGCCACGGGAAGAGUGACGCGGACGACUGGCCCAUCUAUGUGGAGUCUGGUGAAGAGAAUGACCCAGCUGUGGACGAGUCCGACGACAAGCCGCCGCACAGUCGGCCCAGCUUACCGGACCGAGAGACACUCACGUGAAUCAAUCGUUGGGAAAGUGGUUUUAGGUGUUGCUGCUUGUUCUACAGUAAAAGCCGACCGUCUGUCUAGUUUUGUGGAACUUAGGGGCUGUUUCCCCCUCCAUCUUGUUAGACUGCAUAGCCGAGUCUGGGUGUCGUGACUCUCAGAAGACUGAUGGAUGAGUUUUUAGCAUGGAUUCUGCGGGUUCUGUGGGCCUCACCUUGGUUCCGAAUGAUUCAAGGUUGGUCCCGAGCCUUCCUAAUUUCCUUUUUGAGAAGCCGACUCUGGGUGGGAGGAAAAUAAGAAAAUCCUCCCUGCUUACCACCCUUUCAAUCUUCUGCAUUCUCUUAUCGUUACCGUUUUCUGAAAAGGUGGCAAAAUGUGCUGGCUGGGUACCAGUCUUUCCCUGCCAAGCUUUUCAUAACAAGUUCCACAGUUUAAUUUUAUGGCGAAGUUGAAGGGAACCUGCUUUGAUAAAAAGCAGGAAGGGCUGGCUCCGUGGUCAUAAAGGUCCUCCCUAAAUUGCAGUCUGCACUCCUGAAGGUUGGGAGCUGUGUGCCGACAAACUCUGCAAGUUUGUAGCAAGUUCAUUAGGUCUCCCAGGCUUGCCCAGCUGGAUGAAGUUAAAUUAACAAGCCCCCCACCCCCACCCCCAAAGAGCCUGUGAGCCAGGCUGGUAGGCUAUUUGACAAUUGCAUACAAGUACCCUAUUCUGAGAUCAUAAAACAAGUUGUUCGGGCAAAAUGCAAAAUGGUCCCCUGCUUUCCGAAGUCAUUUCCGUGCAGCGACUCGGUGCACCUGGAGAUGGCUGUCCCACUAAGAUUCUUUCACCUGGUUUAUGCCCACACUUGAGCUGGGGAGAAGCGCAGGCUUGUCUAACGCUGUGUUUCUAGGUCUUUCCGCUUUUUUUUUCCUUUUAAAGAUUUAUUUAUUUUAUAAAGCAGUGUUCUGUCUGCAUGCAUGCCUGCAGGCCAGAAGAGGGCCCCAGGCCUCAUUACAGAUAGUUUGUGAGCCACCAUGUGGUUGCUGGAAAUUGAACUCAGGACUUCUUAACCUCUGAGCCAUCUCUCCAGCCCAGAUCCUUCGACUUUUAGAAGACCUUCUAGAAGGAAGGAGCUGGCUAGAACAGGUUUUAAGGCCGGUCUGCUUUUCACCCAGGCUGCAGCCAGGUCACUAUUGUUGCAAAGCAAGCAUCUUUAAAGCAUCAGCUGGCAGGAAGGGCCAACAAAGUGCUAGAAAACACUUUCAUAGCCUUUUCUUAAGUAAAGUAUCCAAAGUGGAUUUUAAAAAAAUCCCCUUGUCUUCCUUUAAUUUUAAUACAGUUUCAAAAGGCAGUGAAAUCUUCUGUCUUUCUGCCUCUUGAACAAUAAUCAGAAGAAUUUAUGAAUGGACUUGUAGGUAUUAUCUGGUCAUCAAAGGGUUAAAAUGUUUGUUUGUUUUUCAAGACAGGUCUCUCUGUGUAGCCUUGGCUGCCCUGAACUCACUGUGUAGCCAGGCAGAUCUCUAUUUAUA